UAUAGCACUUUAACAUCUGCAAGAAACUUGUCCUCAGAGGAAUCCAGAAAAGCUCCCCUCCUCACUCUCACAUCCUUUUUUCCCUUCCCUUUUCCUUUUCCAUCCCCCUCUCCCAGAAGUUUUGAUGGACUAAAAGAAGAAGAAUUGUUGAGGGGUGGUAUUAUGGAGAGUUUAAGGGGACUGAGUUAAUUGGGAAGGGGUGAAUCAUAGGAUCCUAGUCUUUAGAGUGAGAAGGAACCUCAGAAUUAGACCAGUGCAUUGAUUUUAUACAUAAGGAAGCCAAGAACCUGAUAUUGGUGAAGAUCAACGCCCUCUGAUUUGAAUUGGCACUGUUCCACCAGCCUACAGGAAGACAGUGCCCAAAGGGUAAAGGGCAAUCGGUUCAUCUUUAUAUUUUUGCCCUGGGUCUAGGUGAGGGAUAUUUAUCCCCUGCCACUGAAAAUUCAGGUGAUAUUUAACCAAGAUUUAUCAAGCCUCAGAGUACUAGAGAUUCAAAGUUGAGAAAUAUAGUCCCUUCCCUGAAGAAAUUUUCAAACUAACAGACAUGUGGCUCUACCUGGCCUGCCUCAUUGGCCUUUACCACCUCUUUCGCUGGUAUCAGGAGAGGCAGGUGGUGAGUAACCUUGGAGACAAAUAUGUUUUUAUCACUGGCUGUGACUCUGGAUUUGGGAACCUGCUGGCCAAGCAGCUGGACCUUCGAGGUAUGAGGGUGCUGGCAGCCUGUCUGACAGAGAAAGGGGCCGAGCAGCUGAGGCGUGGGACUUCAGACAGAGUAGAGACAGUGAUCCUGGAUGUAACCAAAACUGAGAACAUCACCGCAGCUGCCCAGUGGGUGAAGGAACGUGUGGGAAAUAAAGGUCUCUGGGGCCUUGUAAAUAAUGCAGGCAUCUCCUUGCCCUCUGCCCCCAAUGAAUGGCUGAACAAGGACUUCCUGAAAGUGAUCAAUGUGAACCUCAUUGGACUGAUUGAAGUGACACUGAGUCUGCUGUCCCUGGUGAAGAAGGCCAAGGGCAGGAUCGUCAACGUCUCCAGUGUCAUGGGCCGGGUGUCUCUCUUCGGUGGUGGCUACUGCAUUUCUAAGUAUGGUGUAGAGGCUUUCUCUGACAGUCUCAGGCGGGAACUCUACCACUUUGGAUUGAAGAUUGCCGUGAUUGAGCCUGGUUUCUUCAAGACCAACAUCACCAACGAGGACCUUUUCUACCAGAGCUACCAAGAGUUGUGGGAUCGAAUGGACCCUGAAGUCAGGCGAUGCUAUGGCCAGAAGUUCUUGGAAGCCUUUAUGCAGUCUACUCACGAAAUACAGGAUCACUGCCAGUCAGACCUCUCCUUGGUGACCAACUGUAUGGAGCAUGCCUUGACCUCUUGUCAUCCACGUACCCGUUACUCACCCGGCUGGGAUGCCACGUUGUUUUUUAUUCCCAUGUCCUAUUUGCCCACUAGACUAGUAGAUACCCUUUUUUUGUGGAAGUUUCCCAAACCUGCCUAUACUAUAUGAUGCCAUGGGGAGAGGGAAGGAGUAGCAAAUGAUAAGGCAAGAUAAAAAGCAGUUCAUAUAGUACAGAAUUUGGUGUACAAUGGAGACAGAACAUAGAGCAGAGAAGGGGCCUGGAGAGAAUCCAAUCCCAUAAACAUUUCUUGGGCACCUAUUAUGUACAAGGUUCUGUGCUAGGCGCUGGUGGGAAUCUGAAGACGACUAAGACCUUAUUCCUACCUUCAGUAAUAAUAAUAAUAAUAAUAAUAAUAAUAAUAAAGUGGCAUUUAUAUAGCA